AUGUUAAUACAGAGAUGUCUUAACAUAAAGUAUCUUGAUUUUGUUGAGAUCAGACAUAAUGAUAUUGGUGAUGAGGUUACUGAAGUAUUGGCUUAUUCUUACUAUAAAUUAGAAUAUCUUGAUUUAAGUUGCUAUAAUAUGACUAUUAAAGAAAUUGCUUGCUCAUGUCUCAAUUUAAAAUUUCUAGAUUUGGAAGGAUGUAAAAAUAUUAGCAAAAAAACUAUGGACCAGUUAAAUCCAAAUAUUCAUAUCAAAAAUUUUGAUGAAGUUUACUGUUCUGAUUCAGAAUCUUCUAGUUCUAAAACUGAAUCAGAGUGCUGA